CUCGAGAAAAUCGGGAACCGACAUCGAAAAGCAGGUUCAGUGUGUUUACAUAAAUGAUUUACGCGCUAGAUUUCAAACAAAGAUGCAUGUUUGUGGUUGUGUGCAGAAUACGCCGCCGAUUACGAUACGUACGAUUAUUUUCGAACGAGCGGCGUUAAAUUUUAAAUGUGCAUAUUCGAUGUGCGUGUAUGUGGCCGUGAAUUUCGCAUUCGUAACCGAAUAAGAUGAGUAUUUUACUAGUGGAAAAUCGAUAUUUUGUCGAUGACCGUGUGAAAAUCGUAGCUUCUAAUUAGUCCGGCAACAACGUGUGUCUAAUUGUGAUUAUACGGUGCGGUGUUUAUCUUACGAUGGCCGAACUCCAGGCUACGGUCGAGUUUGCGGUCGAGUUGUGUAAAUUUUAUAAUAUCGACUUGUAUCAGAGAGGGUUUUAUAGGAUUCGUACUGAAUUAAAAGUUUCGCAGAAAUUGACUACUAAAAUUGAAACCAGUAUAAGAAGAUGUGAUCGUGACGAAGGCUUAGUACCGGCGAGCGUAGAAAACAAUGCUGGCAUCAGUAAAACUUUUCGAAUUAUUUAUCGCAACGAAGAAAUUACUCUAGACGACAUAAUCGUAUUUCGGGUCCACGUAUUAGUUGAUAGUAAUAAGAUCGAAGAUAUUUUAAAUCACGCCAAUUUCUGUUUAACCGUCGAAUUGUGGUUUACCAAUCAAUCUUUAAGCGCUCCAAAGUCGCCAGCCAUUGGAUGCGUGUCUUCGAGAACAUUGCACCUGCAGUUUGCUUGUGGAAAAGGCCUGCAUUAUCAUUUACCCGUGAUUUUUGAUUAUUUUUACUUGUCUGCCAUUACGAUAACCAUACACGCUAACCUUAUCGCUUUACAUCAACCUUACAUAAAAAAAGGGUUCCUGAAUUUGGUGCAGAGUUGGAUAUCCAAAUCUAGCGUCGUAGGUUCGCUUAAAUGUAAAUCUAGAUCCAGUACUUCAAGAAGUGGAAAACCUUGGCUGAGUGGAAAUUCUCAAAAAUUUAGUUUUUGGUUACCGCAAUCGACGAUGGAUAAUUUGUUUUCAAGUAAUAACGUGAGUGCAUCGAGUAUGAAAUGUGUUUCGUCCAAUAGUAUGCAUAUCAGUCAUAUACAAUACGUACAUAGUGAGGUUUGCAGUCUGUUAUUGAAUUCCUACGAAUCACUUAGGACGACUAUUUCGCAAUAUUCGAAACUGGUACCACCUUGGCAAAGGCAAGAACUCAAAGUGCCUACUGAUUUUCAAUGUUUACGAAAUCUAGAUUAUCCGGGAAAAAUAUCGGAAAGUUUGGAAGAAUUCGUUUUGAAAGCGAAUAACGAAAUUGCUCAAUUAUGCGCGGAAAAUAUCCUUCUGUGGCAACAAUUCCUAGACACGUUUUGUCGCAAAGACGGCGUCCAACAAUAUCUAGCAAAACAACACCAUCAGUUAAGGGUGAGACGAUUCGCGGAGGCGUUUUUCCUUUUAGAUAAUCCGCGUCAAUCGGCCGCCGGAUGUUUUGAUCAGAAUUACCAUAAUUAUGUCGCUGUAUCUGAGAUCAUGAGACGAUCCAAGUAUUGGCAAAGCCUUCCAACGUUACCUGUGUAUUGUGCCGAAUCGGAUGGUGAUUUGAAUACGUUGCCUAUUAUAUUCGAAGAUCAUUACGAAGAUAUUGCGGAAUUUGCGAGGAAACGAAGCGAAGCUGGAAAUCGACAAUCAGAUGCUAAUGAAAUUAAGCAAUUACAGAACUCGAUAGGUCUUCAAGAAGAUUGCAGUUGUGGUAUCGCUGAAAUUCUAGAAUCUAGGUCGCAAAGGCUUUCACAAAAUAAAGGCUCGAAGAAAAGAGACGUCAAAAAUUUUCACGCAGAAGCCGAAGACGUAAAUGAUAGAUCGUUAGCUGUAAAGUUACCAGUCAAACAGACCAGUUCCAUGGAAUAUUUAUUAAGAAACGAUGAUCCUUCCUCAUUAACCUUAGAAACUCAAUUUUCCUAUCCUCCUACGACGUACUGUCAUUACAAUCGAUACUGCAGCUCGCAGUGUGUUUGUUACCAAGCUACCACUAGGGGCGAGUGUUGCUCCCAGUAUGAUCUCGGUCAUCCAUCCACCUCAAGAGCAGGAAUUCCUUAUCGUGGCUAUGCAAACACCAUACCAUUACAGUUCCCGUUAGAGUAUAAAAUUCCUAGCGAAGCUGAAAGGCCAUACCCCCGCAGAUCGCACCGCGACAGAAAAUCACAAUGGGUCGACAGCGCCGGCUGCAGCUCCGGAUACCAAACGGAUGGACGUUACCAUUACGAAGAAAACGGCCAGCAACAAAACCACUACGCCGUUGUCCACAGAUCUCACAGAAACACGCUUCCGUCAAAAAGUGGCACUUCCAAGUCCAACGACGUCGACGCCUACUUCGUCGACACAUUGAACAAAUCCAUGGCUGAAAGUAAAAUCAAAAGUGCCAAAAGCCUGGAUCACUUUACCCAACCAGUCGACCUCGGCCAACAAAAACCAGAAGAUGGCACUCGUCGAAACGGCGAACGAAACGAUUACCAAGAAUAUCCUAAUGAAAAAAGCACCCCUGCAAGUAGAACGUAUACUCCAAGCAAAACAGCUCCAUCGAACAAGGAUGACUCUUCGAGUGAUUCUUGCGGAUCGACUUUUGUCCCUGUUAAAUCAACUUCCGAGUGUCAAAGUGCUCCGUAUAGUUUGGAACAGCUGAAUGAACGACGAGCUAGGUCUUCGAGUAUGUGCUCGAUGCCUGAGUUGGUUAAUUGCUCGUUUCCUCAUUAUAUUAUGAAUAGCGAGUCGAUGCCGAAUAUUACGAGUAAAAAUGAGAGUCGAAAGCUGUUGUAUGCUUCGCAGAUUAAUUCGUCGACUUCGUUGUCGGAGAGUGAUAAUAUGUCUGAGAGGAGCGGUUACGUUUCGAGUCAUAAGACCUCGGCUGGAUCUACCAAUCAGGUUACUCCUACUGGCCACGAAGCCCCACAAACAAACAUGCAAAAACUAGUCAGCUGCGACACGCUCAAAGAAAAACUCGAUAAACUAGUCAAACAAUCGAAAUCGCAUAAAAAAAGCGAAAGUCGCGAAAAAGACGUGAAAAUCACCAUAUCCGGAAACCAGACAACUGAAGAAAGUCUGAAAAUCGAAAUCUACGAGAACGAUAGCGAGCCCAAAUACGCCUCGAUCUACGAAAUUAAAUCAGACCGGUCGUGUAAAGAUAUGAAUAAACCAAUCCCGCCUCCUCCAGUUCCCACUGAACAUCACGAAUUGACCACUGACCCCAGACAAAGUCCAAUACCAGGUACAUCCACCCAAACAGACGAUUACCACGUUAAUAGAGAUAGCAGAAGAAACAGCAUCAAAAGAUCAGAGUCUUGCCAAGCAGAACCCAGAUACGUUAAUAACCAAAGAGUUCUUCAUUACGAUACACGUACCAGUGAAAUUCGACAUCUAGAUACGAUUAAUAAAAACGCUUCUUAUCAACCAGAUGAAAAACCAAUCCCCCCUGAAAAAGAUUACAUGCCUGUGGAAUCCAACGGCAGAAGAGAGAGUGACUCGAAAAACCAUGCUUGGAAAAAUAUCCCGGCUGAUGGACCUGUUUAUGCUGAAAUUGAUAGAAAAGAUCCUAAAAGGAUUACCAAACGGUAUAUCAAUAGGAAGAAAUUCGCUAAUGAAGAAAACGCCAACCAGGAAGUGGACGUUUUACCUCCGUGUCAAUUUCGGGAUGCUCCUCCACCUCCGGAAGCUUUCCGAGACCCGCCUGAGCCUAUUGAUAAUAUUUUGUAUUACGUUGUCGAAAGUGUUAACGAAAAUAGAGAGGCGAACAGAAGGAGGGAAUGCGAAGAAGCUAAAGCAAAUCGAAUUUCGACUGAAGAAAGGCGUAUACCUGUUUGGAAGACUGAAUGUGGCAGCGAGGCGAAUGUCUAUAAAUUGGCCGAAUAUGUUCCUAAUGGAUAUGCUAAUCCGGAUGGUGUCACCUUCGAGGUGAAUGGACAUUAUUGUGAUACUGAUACUGAUCCUUCUGAUAAAUUAAAACAUCACGAUAUUUACGAUAAAAAUUCAACUUUUAAUAAGCACAAGGAAGAAUUCAAACAACAGAUUAAUUUUACUGGGACCUUAUACAGCGAUUUUCCUACAUUGGCAUCGACCCUACCUUAUUUUCAUCUGAGUGAAGAAUACAGGAUAUUUUCACCCGAAGGCGUCCAUCUAAUUGUUUGUGUUCAUGGUUUGGACGGUAGCGCUGGAGAUCUUCGUCUGGUUCGCGCAUAUUUGGAAUUGGGAUUACCGGGAGCUAAUCUGGAAUUUUUGAUGUCUGAAAGAAAUCAAGGGGAUACAUUUUCAGAUUUUGAAAGAAUGACCGACCAACUGGUCACCGAAGUACUCUCGUAUAUCGCCAAGAGUCAAAUAAACCCGGAAAAAAUAAGCUUCAUAGGGCAUUCAUUAGGAGCUAUUGUGGUUCGAUCAGCCAUCGCUAGACCGCAAAUGAAACACUUGUUACCAAAAUUACACACAUUCAUGUCGUUAUCCGGGCCUCAUUUGGGAAUAUUGUACAACGGCAGCGGCCUUAUUAAUAUGGGUACCAUAAUUAAUUCUGGCGUUUGGUUUAUGCAAAAGGUGAAAAAAUCCGGAACCCUUUUACAAUUAUCUCUUCGCGAUGCGUCCAACAUUAGGAAUACGUUUUUAUAUCGAUUGAGUCAAAAAUGCCAUUUGAGUCAUUUUCGGCACGUGUUACUUUUUGGCUCGUCGCAAGAUCGAUACGUUCCUUUACAUUCGGCCAGAAUAGAGCUGUGCAAAGCUGCCAUUAAAGAUACCUCCGUAACAGGUACAGCGUAUCGUGAAAUGGUGCAAAGUAUAAUCCAACCUAUAAUUAAUAAACCAGACGUAACAUUUGUCCGAUACGAUGUCCACCAUCUUUUACCCACCACUGCCAACUCAUUGAUCGGUAGAGCGGCCCAUAUUGCGCUUUUAGACUCGGAUUUAUUUAUCGAGAAGUUUUUCGUGGUUACCGGAUUAAAAUAUUUCCGAUAAUACCGAACGGAUUUUCCAGAGUAGCUUGUUUCCCUGUUUUAAUCUAGUCUCGACACUGUUUUCCUAUUAUUUAAUCAUUGUUUCGUUUUCAUUUUUUAUUUAUUUGUUUUUUUGGAUGUUGAAUUUAUACGUUUUUUUUCUCUAUCUUCUUGUUCCACGUUUAUGUUUUUGUAUUUCGUAAUAUUUUCUCCUUUUACGCAGAUUUGUUUUCUUAUAUGCGUAAGUAUAAAUUUAGAAUGGACGGGGGUUGAUUUUUCGUUGGCUUAAAGACUGCGAUUUUAUUAUUUCGGGUAAUCGUGUUUUCGAUACUUAAUUUUGUGAACAAUUCGUAAUAUUUUGGAGAGCGAAAUGCUAACAAAAGGGAAUCGUCUGAAUUUAAUUGUAAAAUUAUUUAUUUUCGGUUUAAAUAAAAAAUAUAAAGUUUAAAUUAUUCCCUUUCGAUCGAUGACCUAUGGUUGUUCGAAUUAAUUAUUCAAAAUAUGGUAAACCAUUAAAGGGGUGAAUUAUUUUGAAACUCAUCGCGUUAAAAUUGACGAAAUAAAAUAAGCAAGGGACCAGUUUUACCCACCGAAACACCUAUUUACACUGCAAUUUAUCAAAUUAUACAAGCAACGCUUUUAUAAUUUGGCGUUACACUUUUGAUUUUUUUUUAAAUAAAAAUUCAUCGAUAUGUACGGUUCGAUACGCAUUUUUAUUUUUUACCGAUUCGAUUUACUUAUCUAUUAAUUUUUCAGUUUAUUUUGUAAGCUUUCUAUUUCAUUUUCCUAUCUGUCCACUAUUGACCAACAAAUUUAAACUUUUGCUGUUAUUUUUGCGCGGUAUUUUCAACUACCACCCGAUGAUUCCCAUUUUGAUGAUGGAAUUAUUCAUUAAAUGCGCAAAAUCGGUUUAUUUUUUCAAAAGUAGGUACCUGAGGUAAUUUCAAAAGAAACUCAUCUUCCAAUUUUUUUCAACGUUCGAAACAAAAUGAUGACAAUGUACUCUAUACGCCUGUGUGAGUAUAUUUUUAUGUAAUUUGCCUAACUAUACCUACCUGUACCUACCUACCUAAAUUGUGCCAUAUUCACAAAUAUCUAUCGAUAAUUUUAGCGAUGAAACGAAAUCGAACGUAUUAAUAAUAAAAAAAAAAAUUGUGAUUAUUUAAAAGGCUGAAUAUUAAUUUAUGUUUGCUAUAACAUUAUGAAAAGCCGAAUAUGUAUAGUUUGUAGCGCGUAGAACAUAAAUCGAUGUAAUUUGAGAUGCCAGAAGACGAUGUAUCACAUUAUUUUUCAUAUCUUUUUUAUUAGUUGUAUAAUUUUUGGAUGUUAUUCUAAGCAUUAAUGCAGUAUUUAUAGAUGAAAGAUAUUUAAACUGGAAAGCUUGAAAUGAUCAUUUCUAUGUUCAACACAUAGGUAACAUGUUCUGUCAAUUUUUGCCCUUAUUGCUCAUGAAAACGUCCGCGUCCUCUCACCACUUUUUUCUAGUCACAAUAUCAAUAAUGAAUACGAUGAUUGUUGUACGAAUUUCAUGUUAUAAUAAAUUCAACUGUACCUAUGUACCUUUUUGUUUAAUUUGUGUUGUUCUUCUUUGAACGUUUUUGAAAUGAAGUUUUUAUUGUAAAAGAUUACGAAUAAAGUAUUCCAAUUUAAUUUGUAAA